UUGUAUAUCUGCUUGCUUCUGAUAACUGUUAUGCUGUCAAGUUCGAUAUAGUGCCGGACGUUUUUGCCAGGGUGAACUGCAAGAGAAUCUUCCACAGAACAGGACAUGGCAGGCACAACGAAUGCAGAUGCGAUUUUCCAUAUACCAUUUGUGUAUGUAGCCAAAAGUGCUGUGCUUUUACCAUUGUGUGGAUUUCUCUUCUGUGUGACAUGGUCCAUUUUGUAUGAUUUUGAAUCAUCAACUGCCACUCACUGCAAGGUAGCAAAUUAUCUCCCCUCUAUAUCAUCAGCUAUAGGAGGUUACACCCCCCAGAAGUAUGUUUGGAGGAUAUGUGUGGCACUUCAUUGUUCCCCUCGUCUGAUGUUUGCUAUUGCUUACUACAAUUUCCAUACCAGAAUUCAUGUAGGAAGAAAGAAUAUAAUUUAUACCAAUCUGGCAGCCAUUGCUAGCUCCCUCCAUAUUACAGAAAUCCUGGCAUUAGUUGGAUUAACCUACAUAUCAUCUACAGACAAUGGCGAUAUGCACGAAUACCUAUUUAUAGCCUUUAUGGUGUGUUCACUGUCUCACAUGCUGUUGUCUUGUAUGCUGUUCCAUUGGGGUCGCUCAGCCAAUAACAGGGCAAUGACUAAUAUGGAAAGGCAAUCAUUCCACUACAAGGUCGGACUUUUUCUCUUCAAUCUUACAUCAUUCCUAUUUGCUGUGUAUCUGUAUUUCAGACAUCAAGCUUAUUGUGAAUCAGGCAUGUACACCUGGUUUGCCCUGGCAGAGUAUCUUACAGUCAUUUCCAACAUUGCCUAUAAUGGGACAGUUAUAUUGGAUUUUAAUGAGCUUGAGGUGUCUGUAAGCAGUAGUAACGGAACUUCCCAUAUACACAAAUCUACAUAGUUAUACUGUUGUCUCAAGAUUUCUCAGACGAAGCUGUGAUGAAGUCCAUAAGUCUAAAAAGAACACUCUGCCCUCUAUGAACAUUCACUAGAUAUGUCUGCCUUCUUCGAACAUUCACUUCACUGGAUACAUCGGCUUUCUACCAAAAAUUCACUGGAUACACCUGCCCUAUACCAACAUUCACUGGAUAUGUCUACCCUAUACCAACAUUCACUGGAUAGGUCUACCCUAUACCAACGUUCACUGGAUAGGUCUGCACUCUACGAACAUUCACUGGAUAGGUCUGCACUCUACGAACAUUCACUGGAUAGGUCUGCACUCUACGAACAUUCACGGGAUACAUCUGCUCUUUACAAACAUUCAUACCUUACUGUAUAUUUAUUAUUUGGAUUUUCUGAAAGAGUUUACAAUUUCACUCAGGCACAUUGUUUUG